CAGGACGAACGUGUCGGCGGUUUAUUGUCCGUUAACCGGCCCCGUGCACAUGUUGAGUGAUUUUUCGGCAUGUUGAUUUAGACGUGAUUGACAAGAUGGACUUUCAGAGUGCAAUGGAGACGUUUGCGGAAGCAUGGGCAGCCGCCAAUACAGUCAAGUCGGAGGUGCCGAGCGAUCUUUCACAGUCGUUAUCAGCCGAUCUUCGUCGAAGCAAAACCCCGCCUCGAAGAUCACCGGACGAUCGCAUAGUGCCACGACCACCUUCGGCACCGGUACAUCAUGAUCGUAAUCCUCACACACCACAUCUAUCACCUAAGAAAGAAGCAUUCAAUAACUUGCUGAAUAAGGGUAUUUCUGGUAAAACUUUGCCGGUCCAUUGUGUGGUGGAAGCCGUGUCUUCGUUGGAGGAGAGUAAUUGGAGACGACGUGCCAUCGUUGAAACAGACAGUUACGUCAUAAUUCCUGCCGCCACGGCGUUCCAUGAGCUGGUUCCGGCGGCCAUGAUGAGGCUUGGAUAUCCUCAUGAGCUAGCUGCUUCUGCUAAAGGCUCAGUGGUGAUAAACAAUUGGAAGCCGCUUCCAUUCGAGAGGAUCUCGGACGGGCCGCUCGCUACUGUGGGCGAAGUGCUCGGGGAACUGACGACCGUCGCCACAUUGAGGAUCCAGCUGCUGAGACCGAGGCCUACUCCCCUGCAAGACAUAAAGGACAAGCUGCUCAGGCUUUUAUUGGUCCAGAGCAGACCGUUACUAAUGUCAACCGGAUGCCCUCUAGAUGAGAUUACUCUAGCUCAGAUAUGCCGUGGUCAAGAUAGGACACCGGGGCCUCACAACUUUCACGAACCAUCAGAAGAUAUGAGAAGGAAAUUUGAGUCUUGGUGGACCGCACAGGUAUCCCCACGGCCCCCGCCGUUCAGUCCUCGUCGUUAUCCCUCUCCAGGACCGAAAAAUCGAUCGCCAACAUUGAACAGCAUUCCAGAUCAUUUACAUCCCGCAUUGCAAACCGUGCAAAGUCAAUAUCCAACUCAAAAAACACGUAUGAGAACCAGUUUCGAUCCCGAAUUGGAAUUACCAAAACUGCAACGUUGGUUCGCCGAAAACCAACAUCCGAGCAGACAACAAAUACAGCAGUACGUCCGAGAACUGAAUAAUUUGGAAUCGAGACGUGGUCGUAAACCUCUGGAUGUAAACAAUGUCGUCUAUUGGUUCAAGAAUGCUCGUGCGGCUCAAAAGCGAGCGGAACUCCGGAAUAUAGGAGGCCUUAGCUGUCAUCUUGGAGUUAAUGGAUUUAACAGCCGAAGUCAUAGCCCAAGCAAUGGUUCUCUGAUGGUGAACAACGAUCAUUACGGACCUCAAGAUCAAAAUUCUAUGAAAAGUCCAAUGCAGUUGUCAGAAAGCCCUGGUAGAUACCCCAUGUCGGUUUUAUCGGAGGACAAUCUUUCUAAUGGUGGUUCAGAUCUAGAUGAAGAUGUCGGAGAUAUGAACCAAGAUGAUCGUCCUGAGAGUCCCGAUGCUCCUUUAUCUCUUAUAACAACCAAGAAGAACAACAACAAUUCAGACGAGCUGCACCAAGAAUCUCCAAAACCACCAGAUAUAAUUAAGGUACAUGACAUCAAACAAGAACCAAAGGAUUUGAGUAAAACCGAACAAAUAAUUUCCCCUCAACGAUCUCCAGCUAAAAACAGUGACAGCUCUCACAACAACAACAGUAACAACAACAACAACGAGGAGGAGAACGGGGUCAUUGAAGACCACGAGUCUGACGAGGAGUCUCCCCAGGAACGACUUUACCGACCAUCGUCGUCUCCGCAGCUCGACAGAUUACCGUUCCCGGUAAUGCCCAACCACCCGAUGUUCGGUCACGGGAUCAUGUACAUGAGUCAGUACAUGAGCGGGUUCCCUGGAGUGGGCCCGGUCCCAGGAGAGGGCGCCAGCGGCUUGAACCUCGCCCUCGCCGGGGCUUCGGACGAGCGUCGCAAAAGGAACCGCACUUUCAUAGAUCCAGUUUCCGAAGUGCCGGUCCUCGAGCAAUGGUUUUCGAUGAACACCCAUCCGUCGCACAACUUAAUACUCAAAUACACGGAGGAACUGAACAGGAUGCCUUACCGGCAGAAGUUUCCGCGUCUCGAGUCUAAGAACGUUCAGUUUUGGUUCAAGAACCGACGUGCCAAGUGCAAGAGGCUUAAGAUGUCUCUGUAUGAGCCGUCAUCGCCGGGACACUACUCGCAUCCGGGCCAUCCUCACGCACUCGCCGAACGGAAAAUGGUCUAAGUGAACAACGAAGAUAUAAAUCCAGAGCUCAAAAGGAGUCGACUCUAAGUGUUUGUGGCGUUCUGCAUGUUAACAUUAAAGACUGAAAUCGAAUCGUAUAAUGGUGUAGCAGUGCCAUCUUAGUAUUAAAUUAAUAUCAUUACCAACCGUCACAACGGCUCUUUUUCAUGGACUUAAUCAAUUAUUGUCGUAUUCGAUAGUUUUGCUUAAAGUAGAAUUAUUAAUAUAAUUCAAAACAUUUAUAAUGUUUAAUGCAAUUAAAUUAAAAUAAGUCUUCAUAAUAUAGAACACAUCACAACUCACUACGUACGUAGAAGUACAAACAGCUGCUAUCAAAGGACAUGUCAUGAUUAUUUGUGAAUGAAUCUCAUACAUCAAAUGGUAUUUGAUUGUGUAAAUAAGUAAGUACGG